AUGGCGUAUCUGCGCCUUCAAAUAGCCGUUGUUGGCGCACCAGCAGUCGGUAAGUCGGCGUUUGUGCAGAUGAUACACAGCAAUGGCAUGACCUUUCCAAGGAACUACCUGAUGACGACAGGCUGUGACUUUGUUGUGAAGGAGGUGCAAGUGGACGACGAAAACACGGUUGAAAUGCUCAUCUUUGACAUCGCGGGGCAGAAGGAGUACGAGACAAUGGUCGCCACGCACGUGGAGCAUGCGGCCGCGUUUAUCCUCAUGUACGACGUGUCGAAUAAAGUGACAUUUGAGGCCUGCACGCGGUGGAUGAAUGCACUGAAGCAUGCGAACAGUGGCAUGAUCGGAUUCCUCAUAGCAAACAAGAUGGACCUUGCCGACAAGGCGGAAGUGACGGAGCGCCAGGGCACAAGCCUCGCGAGCGCCAAUCAGAUGAAAUUUUACAAGUGCUCAGCGUUGCGCGGGGUGGGGGUUCGCGAGCCGAUUGAAGAUAUCGCAAGGCUCUACGUUGACGCGUACCACAAGCGUAUUGAUCAGCUUUCCCAGAUGAAGUAA